AUGGCAUCCAUCAACGAUCUAGCAACCGCCGCCAUCGCCUCCUCGGCGGUUGCGCUGACGCCGGGCGGAGGGGCGGCUGCUGCCGGCGCUGCUGUAGCUGCCCCGCCAUCUACCGGAGAGAGGCAGCCCACGCCGCAGCCCGAGGCUGUUCGCGGUGCACUCAUCGCCCUGGAGGGCCUGGAUAGGAGCGGCAAGACUACACAGGUCAAGCUGUUGGAGCAGAGAUUUGUCGAGGCCGGGAAGAAGGUCAAGGUGCUGCGGUUUCCUGAUCGGAGCACUCCAAUCGGUCAGAUGAUUGACUCUUACUUGAAGUCGCAGGCUGAGAUGGAAGACCACGUCAUCCACCUGCUCUUCUCCGCCAACCGCUGGGAGGCUGUCAAGACAAUCACCUCUUUGUUGGCCUCCGGGACUACCGUCCUCUGCGAUCGCUACUAUCACAGCGGCAUCGUGUAUAGUGCGGCCAAGCAGAACCCGUCGCUGUCUUUGGCCUGGGCAAGGGCGCCGGAGGUUGGCCUCCCUCGCCCCGAUCUAGUGCUAUUUCUCGACCUCGACGAGUCUCAGGCCAAGGCUCGAGGCGGCUGGGGUGGUGAGGUGUACGAGAAGGGCGAGAUGCAGAGGCGCGUGCGUGAGCUGUUCUGGGGGCUCAGCAUGGGUCGCAUAGGUGUCAACAGUCCCGUGGCCGGGCCUGGAGAGCAUACGCCUGACGCCGCGUUGACUCUCGUGGCCACCGGCGUAGGGAAUGCGGAUAGUGUUGCGGAUGUGAAGUUCCGACAGGAAGAAGAAGACCUGAUGGUCGUCGACGCAAGUCCCAGCGUGGAGGAGGUGGCCGAGGCAAUCUGGAAGGUUGUACAGCCAAGGGUGGAGGUCGUGGAAAGGGGAGAGGUCGGACGUAUUGUCAGAAAGAUCUCCUAG